UCAAAAGCCUCUCAAAUACCUUUUCAGAACCCCGCCUUCGAUUUCCCUCUCACUCGCAGUGUCCCCCCUCACAAUCGCCGUCUCUAUAUAUUCCCCCCAAAAUCAUCCCAUUAUUUCCAAAUCCGACGUCUCCUAUCCUGCGCAUCAAUUGCGGAUUGUUGUCAAUGGCGCACGAUAGCAUCCAGCUCCCCUGCGAUGCCGACGGCGCGUGCAUGCGCUGCAAGGCGACCCCUCCGACGGAGGAAACCCUCACUUGCAGCAUGUGCGCGACUCCUUGGCACGUCGCCUGCUUGGCUUCUCCUCCUGAAACGCUAGUUUCUACAUUGCAAUGGCACUGUCCUGACUGCUCCGGCGACCCUCUUCUAUCAGCCGCCGCCGUCGUAGAUGGAAGCUCUAGCGAGCUCUUGGCAUCGAUAAAGGCAAUAGAGGCCGAUGAGUCGUUGACGGAGAAGGAGAAGGCGAGGAAGAGGCAGGAGUUGGUGAGUGGGAGAGUUGAAGAAGAUGGAGAUACGAAGAAAGGGAAAGGAAAAGAGAAGGACAGCUCUGUUUUGGAUGUUCUUGAUAGCAGCUUAAACUGUUCCUUUUGCAUGCAGUUACCUGACAGGCCUGUUACGACUCCAUGUGGCCACAAUUUCUGCCUUAAAUGCUUCCAGAAAUGGAUUGGCCAAGGAAAGCGUACUUGUGCCAAAUGCCGGUCAACCAUUCCUCCCAAAAUGGCAAGCCAGCCUCGUAUUAAUUCAACUCUUGUAUCUGUUAUCAGAAUGGCAAAGCUAUCAAAAUCAAAUGUUAUUGCUGAGUCCCACAAAGUUUUUCAUUUUAUGCACAACCAAGAUCGACCUGACAAGGCUUUCACUACAGAGAGGGCACAAAAAGCAGGGAAAGCAAAUGCUGCUAGUGGGAAGAUAUUUGUGACUGUACCACCUGAUCAUUUUGGACCAAUCACAGCUGAAAAUGACCCAGCUAGAAACCAGGGUGUGCUUGUUGGUGAAUGUUGGGAAGACAGAUUGGAAUGCCGGCAAUGGGGUGCUCACCUUCCACAUGUUGCAGGCAUUGCUGGUCAGUCAAACUAUGGUGCUCAAUCAGUGGCACUAUCAGGAGGCUAUGAGGAUGAUGAGGAUCAUGGAGAGUGGUUUCUCUACACAGGAAGUGGGGGUAGAGAUCUUAGUGGAAAUAAGCGAACAAACAAGGAACAGUCAUUUGAUCAAAAAUUUGAGAAGAUGAAUGAGGCUUUGCGAGUAAGUUGCAAAAAGGGUUAUCCUGUUCGAGUUGUAAGGUCGCACAAGGAAAAGCGGUCUUCAUACGCCCCAGAGAAAGGGGUGAGAUAUGAUGGAGUCUAUAGAAUUGAAAAAUGUUGGCGAAAGGUUGGAAUACAGGGGUUUAAAGUUUGCCGAUAUUUGUUUGUGAGAUGUGACAAUGAGCCUGCCCCAUGGACAAGUGAUGAGCAUGGGGAUCGACCAAGGCCCUUACCAGCUAUCCUUGAGCUGAAGAAGGCAAUUGACAUAUCAGAGAGAAAGGAAAGUCCAUCAUGGGACUUUGAUGAAGAAGACAGUUGCUGGAAGUGGAAAAAACCUCCACCUCCUAGCAAAAAGCCAGUGAAUGCAGCUGAUCUUGAAGAAAGGAAAAGGGCAAGGAAAGCUAUUAGGCAAGCACGUAACACAACUGUAAGAGAGAGACUCCUGAAAGAGUUCAGUUGUCUAAUCUGUCGGCAAGUUAUGAAUCUCCCAGUUACAACUCCUUGUGCCCACAACUUCUGCAAGUCUUGUUUUGAAGGUGCAUUUACUGGUAAGACUGCUGUAAGAGAGAGGAACAAAGGUGGGCGGACACUUAGAUCACAGAAGAACAUCCUGCACUGUCCUUGUUGUCCAACCGAUGUCUCUGAUUUUCUUCAAAAUCUUCAGGUCAACCGAGAAUUGAUGGAUGUGAUUGAGUCACUGAAACAAAAGAGUGAGGAGAAUCCAGACCCUACUGAAGAUUCUAGUGAAGAACAGACAAAUGGCCUGGAGGAAAAUGCAGAUCUAGGUUCUGGUGACAGUGAAACUGGGAAGGAAGCUGAAAAAACUGAUCCAAAAGAUGACUCAGAGAUUCCUCUGCCUGAUUGUGAACCGAAAAGCAAGAGGAGGAAAGUGGAUGCUGCUCGAGUAGCUGCUAGUGUUGAAAAUGACUCUCCAUCAAGCACCCUCCAGGUACAUUCAUCUGAUGAUGAUUUUGAAUGACAGAUUUUUUUUCUCCUGGUUGGACGAUCUACUAUAUCCUAUAUGACUUCUUUUUGUGCUGAAAACUUUUAUCAGAAUCUUAGGGAUUUCGCCACUUGUUAAUACUAGUGGUUCAAUUCCACAGCUCUAUUCUUUCCAAAGUUAGGAUUAAUUGUGUAGCCAGGAUGUGUAUAAACAGUUUCUUUCGGAUGUAGAACAAUUCAAUGUAUAGAUCAUUGAAGCAUUCUAUUUCUAUGGGUUUAUUUCCCCUCUUUUAACGUGCUUGAA